UUAGCUUUGACCGAAGGGAAUGAGGGUCCUUCCCAGAGCUCUAUAACUGUGACUAAACUUGGAGAUAAUGUGACUCUGACAUGUAGUAUCCCUAGGGAAGAUGUUGGGUUGUCUUACUGGUAUAAGCUGAAUUUUGGAUAUAUGAUUGAAACAAUUGCCUCAGGAAGUUUUGACAAAAUAUCACUUAAGGGACAAUUUACCGACUCAAAAUUCAGUGCCACAAAAGUGGGUAAUAUGUAUUCUCUUACCAUAAGAAAUGCAAGCAAAGAAGAUGAAGCAACAUACCUCUGUCAAGCAGGAACGGCAUACAUAAUGGAAUUUUUUAAUAGUACACUUUUGGUUGUGGAUGAUCCUAAAACUCAGCAUAAAUUUGUCACCGUGAAACAAACUUCAGACAUGGAGUCAGUCCAUCUGGGUGAUACAAUGACUCUGCAGUGUUCACUCCUCUCUAAGAACGAAAAUGACACAGAUCAGUGUCCAGGUGAAAACAAAGUGCACUGGUUUAAAGGUGCAUUAGAAUCCCAUCCAGGCAUCAUUUAUCAUGGCAGUAUCAGAAAUAAAGAGGAAGGGAGAUGUGACUACAGUUUGUCCAAAACUAUAACAAACUCAUCUGAUGCUGGAACGUACUACUGCGCAGUGGUCACAUGUGGACAGAUCCUGUUUGGUAAAGGAACUGAAGUGGAAAUAGGACAAAAAUGGGACCCAGUUGUCAUUGUGCUCGGGAUGCUGUUGGCUCUCUGUGUGACUGUGAUCGCUGUUCUUAUUUUAUCCAGAGACUGAAGAUUUUUCUUCUUUUUGCUUUCUUAAAUUUAGAUUGUUGGACCCAGAAUAUCAAAGAAAACAUUGUAAUAAAUUUUAAUCCAAGGGCUGUUGUAUUGGAAUAAAAACAUUGAUUGUGAAAUUAUUCCCACUUAUACGUAAUCUGACAUGCUUCAUUAAUGAAAACAUAUAAAAGACCCAUUUUAUAGCAUAAUACGUCUGGUGGACUGUUUUUGUGUACUCACACACUGUAGCUGUGAGACUAACAGCAGGAUAUUUGGCUAGCUGUAACUUACAAAAUGACGACUCUAGCAAAGCGCCUUGAAUUAUCAGUUGUUUUGAUUUGGCACUAUAAAAAUAAAGUUUUCAAUUAUAAUUGAAUUGAUUUUUAUUAAUUUGCUCAUAAAAACAUUUUAUCAUAUUGUUAAUGUAUUUAGUUAUUCUAUGCUAUAUUCUGCGUCAUAACAAUUGUUACAUCUCCUUUGAUGAA